AUGUAAACAAACGCGGCUGAGUCGUUUAAAGGGAUAACUUACUUCCACAUUGUAACAUUUCCACGAAGAGCUGUCGAAUUCGUUAGUGGUUUUGGAGUAUAAGUGAACACGAUACUUUCAGAAUUAUUUGCAUAUUUCGCUAGUAACUUUAAAGCUUAAUAUGGCUUCAAUCGUAGAUAUUGACGAAUGUUACAAUGUGGCUGUUAAGCUUGCUCUAGAAGCUGGGGAGAUUAUUAGAAAUGCUAUUUACAAAACAAAAAAGGUGGAAACAAAAAUCAGUAAUGUGGAUUUAGUUACUGAGACUGAUAAACUUGUAGAAGAAGUUUUGAAAAAGGGCUUUAAAGCCCAUUUUCCUGACCACAGUUUUAUAGGUGAGGAAACCACUGGCUGUGAUUUUACAGAUGCUCCUACAUGGAUAAUUGAUCCUGUUGAUGGAACAAUGAAUUUUGUUCAUGGUUUCCCAUACACAGCAGUAUCAAUUGGUUUUACUGUAAAAAAAAAUGUAGUUUUGGGAGUUAUUUAUAAUCCAGUCCUUGAUAAAAUAUAUUCUGCUAUCAAAGGAAAAGGCUCAUUUUGUAAUGGAAAAAAGCUUCAUGUUUCUGGGACCACUGAAUUAUCAAGUACACUAUUAAUCAAUGAACUUGGUGGUUGUAGAGAUCCUGAAGUUAUGCAGCAAAUUUUCACAAACUUUACAAAUAUGGCUUUAAAAGUUCAUGGAAUAAGAAUGAUGGGAUCUGCUGCAUUGAAUAUGUGUGCUGUAGCUAGCGGUCAUGCAGAUGCUUAUUAUGAGUACUCUCUUCACUGCUGGGAUAUGGCUGCAGGAAAAAUUAUUGUAGAAGAAGCAGGUGGUGUUGUAAUUGAUCCAGAAGGUGGACCAUUAGAUCUGAUGUCUCGAAGAUUAAUAUGUGCUUCUUCUGAAGAGCUGGCCAAGACAUUAUCAAAAGAGUUAAAGCAUAUACAGUUUCCUCGGGACCAGUGAUUUUGUACUUGCUGUUUAAAUUCUUUAUAUGCUUGUGAAUUUUUAGUAAUAAAAUCUUAUAAAAGUGAUAUUUUUUAACUACAAAUGCAAAUCCCGGUUCAUGGGUAUCGUUAAUUAAUUUCGGUUCAAUAAUUAUCAUCCUGUGGCAUAAGUUUCCUCGUUGAGUUUGAAUUUAAGGAUUUAAUCUUCUUUUUAAAUAAAAUAAAUAAAUAUUUCUCUUGUGUACUUUGAUACGAAUUAUUUUCCUACUUUUCUGUUUAAAGGCAUUUUUAACUUAACCUUUAACUUCUGUUUAAAGGCAUUUAUAACUUAAAAAUGUUUUAAUUUAGUGUUUUCUAGAGAUUUUGUUAUCUGUUAAGUUUUUAAAAUUGUUUAACAAAUUGAUUACUGCAAUUUCUAUGUAAUUCUUGUGAUAAGUACUAUGUAUAUUUAUUGUAUGAGAUAACUUCAAUGUAAGAAUGUUUAGUGAUAUAUUGACGAUUAAAUAUGUUCAUUAAUAGAUACUACUUGAUAUUCAUUACUGAAUACUUCUUGCAGAAUUAAAAAUUUAUUUAAAUAAAUGUAUAGAAUAUAUUGAUUACUUAAUAGUGAAUUAUAAAUUUUAUAGUAAAUUAUGAGUUUAAGAAGAAAGUUAAAAAUUUUGAAUCUGUAUUAUUAGGAUGUGUUGCCUUUAAUAAUAUUAAGAAUUGAAUAUGGAGCUAUUUCUCUUGAAAAGCUGUAUAAAGAAAUUUAGCACUAUUUUAGUUGCUGUUUGAUAUUAUGCAAUAUGUACAAUAAAUGAAUCUCAUUCAUUUCAUAAAAAAUUCUUAAUGAAGAAGUGUAUGAAAAUGAAUUAUUUACUAUAAAAGAAAUAUAGUGUUGUGACUUAUCCGACUUGUCGGGCAGUAGCAUCAAACCAAAUAUAAGAAUUUUAUUCUGGCGCGGAGCUCGGAAUGCAUCUGCUAUUGGAAAUCAUAUAGGUGGCAGUAUGACUUUAUUUCAUUUACAGAAAUUUUAUAAAGAAUAUUCUAUAAAUAUAGCUACAGGUUUUAUUUCCUUAAAUAUACAUCUUCGUCAAAUGCAAUCUAUGGCGUAACUAGAGCUUUUGCCGCCCCUUUUAAUAUGCAAACAAAUAACUAAAAAAAAUGUGAAAAUGACAUAUAGAGAAAUAAUUUAAACUCUAUAUUUAUUUUUGAAGAAAAAUUUUAGUUCCAACAUUGUACAACUGUAUUAGUUUGAAUUUUUUGUUUUUAUUUUUUCCCCCCUCAAAACCUUCAAUGGCACUGUAGAAGUCUAAUUGAUUGCUCCAACUGUUGUAGUGAAAGAUUUCUUAAAUGCAAAAUAAAUAGUUCUAAAAUA